AAAGUAACGCCCUCUGUUCUGCUCGAGCUCCGUGAAGCAGAGCGGAUUAUUUUGAUUCAAGCUCUGGUCUCCUUCGACCAUACAUGACAAGAAGAAGAAGAAGAAACUCAUGAAAAUUACAGACUUUUUCCCAUGUUCUAAAUCUUUCGCCAACAAAGGAGAAGAGAAGCCCGUCUCCACUCCUGCCAUCGACAACACACAACAGGAGGAAAAUAUGUCUCUCGGUGGAUCAAUAACAUUCCAAACACCCAAGAAAAAAAGGAAAAGGUUUUCCGACCCUGAGAACCAAAAACUUGUAGAUAUAGUCCUAGCAAAUAUCCAGCAACUAUUUGGGGCUACAGCACUUAACGCCGCUGGCAAGGCAUCGGUCUGGGAUAAGGUGAUGAAGGAGGUGAACAAAGUAGAAGGCAUGAAGCGCACAGCUGAAGAAUGCAAGAAAAGAUGGAACGACUAUAAGAGGAGAGUUAAGCAAACAAUUGAUAACCAGAAAUUGCAGCCAUCUAUGGGGGGUCAGAUGUUGCCUCUUUCAGAAAUGUUGACCAAACGACAGAUGAUGGUCGCUCAGUAUUUUAAAAUGGAUGCAAGUCAUGGCCAAAAUAUUGAAGUACAUGAUGAAUAUUCAUCGAAUAAAGGAGAAUGUGUUUCUUCUAUUGAGCCUUUCUUGAGCACCUCCUGUACUGUUGAUUCUGAAGAUGAAUUCCACCCCAGCCAGAACAUAUCAUUUUCAUCUACCAGCCACCAAGAUAAAUACAUUUCACAGUCUUCACAGGAGCCUCAGGAUUCAAGUCAACCAUGGGAUCCUGACAACACCGAGGCAGUAGAUACGUCCCUAUCCUCAAACACCACCAUUAACUCCCAACUACAGUUGAAGGCUCAAAUAGAUCAGUUAGCUGCUCAGCAAAAUAAUUUCUUUCAGGUAUUAAAAGGCAUUCAGGAGAGUGUCACCGCAAGUCUGAACAUCCAGAAAGGCAUAUGCAAUGUUGUUAAGGGCAGCUUUCUGGAGUUGCAGAAAACCCUUCUAUCCGGUCAGAAGGCCUCAAGUGAUCACAGCGAUAUCAUGGAAUUCAGACUGAAAAGUCUUCAAGCUAAACUGGAUGAGAUGAACAGCAUCCUCCAAGUAAAACACCUUCAGGAAAUUAUCUCCACAGAUGGGUCAGAGUUAGGUUCAAGUGGCACACAAGAUACAAGAUCUACUCCUAGCCUUAUACACACACCGGCAGCAACAUGUACUCCUAAGAACAACACUCCAGCUAGAAAGAGGGCAGUGGACCAGUCCACUUCAUCAGCUGGUUUCAUAAAAAAGAAGAAAUAGAUCAUAUUGCUAUAAAAAAAAAAAAAAAAAAUCAA